AUGUACAAGGCCGUCAUCCUGCCGACGCUACUGUACGGAGCGGAGACCUGGACGGUGUACACGAGGCAGGCACGUCGACUAAACCACUUCCACCUCAGCUGUCUCCGCCGCAUCCUGAGGCUGAACUGGCAGGACCGCAUCCCCGACACGGAAGUACUGGAACGAACGGGAAUCCUCAGCAUCUACGCCAUACUGAGACAAAUGCAGCUGCGCUGGAGCGGCCACCUGGUGCGCAUGGACGACGAGCGACUACCCAAACGACUCUUCUACGGAGACGUCGCGACGGGUUCUCGUCGUCAAGGAGGCCAAAUUCGCCGUUACAAGGAUACUCUGAAGUCCUCCCUGAAGCGCCUGCACAUCAACCCGACCAACUGGGAAGAGCUCGCUCGCGAUCGUCCGACAUGGAGGAGAACAGUGAAGACGGGCGCUGCUAUCUAUGAAGCCAACCGAAUCGCCGCCGCCAAAGCGAAACGCGAAGCCCGCAAAUCACAACUUCGCCCAGUCCGCAACGCCGCCGCACAACCUCCCCCUACGUGUCCUCGAUGUCAACGGACAUUCCGGGCACGAAUCGGACUUGUUGGACAUCUCCGAACCAACUGCACCUCUCGAACUGCUCCAGCCAUCGUCCCCCCGCCCGCCUCUUCCUCGUCCUCUCUUCCGCCAACUAACUCUGACAUUCCUUCUGCACCACCACUUCCAUCCUCCCGCUUCUCCUCCACUGCCCCAGCGAUGGCCGUUCAGGCUGCCGUCUCACGCAUCGCCAACCACGACACAACAACCGCAACCACCCCCACAUCUCUCGAUUCCAGUGAUGAGGAUCAGGACUACACCUGCCCUCACUGUGACCGCACCUUCACCUCACACAUCGGCCUGGUCGGUCACUUGCGAAUCCAUCGCACAGAGACUGGCGAACCAGUGCCUGGAGCACCAACCUACACUCACCGCACUCGCCUCCACUGCCCACAAUGCCCUCGCACCUUCACUCAUCGCAUGAGUCUAUUCGGCCACAUGCGCAUCCACGAGAGCGGAAUUGACCGCAGCCUUGACACACCCACCCCGCCGAGCCCCACUCUCAACCCACCGCCUUGUGCACCCACUAACCACUCCCCAGCCGACAUCGACGCCACCGACCUUACCACCCCUCACUCCUCCCCUUCCUCUUCCUCCUUCACUGCCACAACGACGGCCGCUUCGGCGUCUGUCGCCCACGACCUCACCACAGCCGAACCUGACACAACAACAGGCACAACCCCUGCAACCUCCAUCAGCAGACGUGAGGGCCAGGACUACAUCUGCCCUCACUGCGAUCGCACCUUCACUUCACGCAUCGGCCUGGUCGGUCACUUGCGAAUCCAUCGCACAGAGACUGGCGAACCAGUGCCUGGAGCACCAACCUACACUCACCGCACUCGCCUCCACUGCCCACACUGCCCUCGCACCUUCACGCAUCGCAUGGGUCUAUUCGGCCACAUGCGCAUCCACGAGAGCGGAAUUGACCACAAUUCCGAUACAGCCACGACAUCCAACACAUCCACCACGCCCAGACCCAUCCUCGCUCCACCGUCAAACGCGCCGACCACCACCACCGCCACCACCACCAACACCACUGCCUCCUCUACAGCUGACACAGACACCGCCGACCUCUCAUGCCCACAUUGUCCACGCACCUUCACCUCACGCAUCGGCCUGGUCGGUCACUUGCGAAUCCAUCGCACAGAGACUGGCGAACCAGUGCCUGGAGCACCAACCUACACUCACCGCACUCGCCUCCACUGCCCACACUGCCCUCGCACCUUCACGCAUCGCAUGGGUCUAUUCGGCCACAUGCGCAUCCACGACGACCUGCGGUAG